AUGUUUGCUGAAGAUGGAUUUACGAGUGAUUCAGAAGGAAUUAGACCGAGAAUCGAUGCAAUGCUUGAAAUCUUUCCCAAUCUCACCGAAGAUCAAAUCCGACCACUUGCCAAAUUGACGGAGGAUGAGCUGUACGAAAGAUUGCUGGCGAUAUCGGAAAAUGGAGAUCAAGCUGGAACAUCGACAAACAAUCGAACAAACGGAGAAACUUUGAGUCUUCCAUCAACUUCUCAACAACUACGACAACAACAACAACAACGAGCAAAUGGAAGCAAUCACGAAGAGCAACUCUUCAAGAAGGAGCAAAUUGGUGAAGCGUUGUGGGCUGAGUUGCUGAAAACAGAAAGAUGUCACGCAGAUGAUGAGAUUAAAGAGAUUCCAUCGAACGACGAGUUUGUGAAAAUGGGAUUGUUUCUCCGGGAUCGAUACCCAAAGCUUCGAAUGAGCACAAUCUAUGAAUUGCUGAAGAGACGGGACUUUUUCGAGUGUUCCCUCAUUUUGGGUCUCUGCGAUUACGGAUUGGAGGAGAGAUUGCGGAAAUAUCAGUUUUUGCCUCCAAAAUCUGUUGCUCCGAUUUUCAACGAGAAUCACGAAAGACGAGAGCUUGAAACAAAAAACGCGUAUGGGGUCGAUUUGCCGAAAUUCGCGCUGAACAUGUGGAAAUCUUAUCAAGCAAUCAUCAAGAAUACCAUUUCGAGUUACGAGCAAUCGAUGUGCUUUAACUGUUCGGCGUGUCGUGAAAGCUUUGAGACGAAAAACGCGAUCUCGUGCAAUUCUCUAGUGAAAAAUGAUGAGAAUCGAGAACCUCAUUCCUUCUGUGGUCGCUGUGUUCAAGCUCAUGCCAGCACGGCGAAUGCCUACAUUUCGGCGGUCGGUCUUGGGGUGAAAUGUCUUCGCCAAGAGUGUGAUGGAGUGAUUUUUGAAGCUCAUGUGACUCCGAUUUUGACGGAAAAGCAGCGAAACGCGUUCACCAGAAAACUGUUAACAGCCGCGCUUGAUGAGGCAAAUUUGGAGAACCUUGAAAGAUGUCAGCACUGUGAAUUCGCAGUGGUAAUUGAGAUUGCCAAAGAGGUGCAUUCCGUGUUUCGAUGCGAGAAUCCGAAGUGUGGGUACAAUUUUUGCAGACUUUGCGAAAAAGAUUACAACGAGCGCCAUGAGGGAAAGAAAUGCGAUCAAGUGAUGAAUGCGGACACGGCUCAUGUAUUCAACUUUCUCUUCUUUCAUGCGAAUGUGUCGGCUCGCCGGAAUCUGAUUUGUCGACCGGAUCCACUCGAUGAUCAAAUGCUUGGCAUAGGUGAAAUCCAACAUCUGAACGCAGCUUUGAUCGGCUAUUGCACUCGAUGCGUUUUCUCAACUUGGGCCACUUUCGAGCGCUUUCGGCAAAACAAUCACACAACGGACAAAGCUAAUCUUCUUUUAUGGUUAUCAAAUCGUUUACCCGUAAUGUGUCGUCUCCCACCUCGUUUCCGGGUAAAAUCCGUUCAAACCGAACACCAAUACGUUUUACCUCCCGUUCCCACUGAGAAAGAAGAACGAUUUCAGAAAUGCUUGGAGGAAGCUGGUGGACGAAGUUUCUUCGCUUUUCAUGGAAGUCCCGUGGAGAAUUGGUACAAAAUCCUGUCCGAAGGUCUGAUGGUCGCUAGUGGGACAGUGUAUCAACUUGUCGGAGCUGCGCAUGGAGCUGGCAUCUAUCUUGGCAAAAAUGCGAUGACCUCGCAAGGGUAUUCGCAGAAAAAUUAUCCACAUCCAAUGAUGCAAUUUAAUGUGACUCAACAGUACAAUAUGAUGAGCUCAUGCCAAGAUCAGCAACAUUUUGAGAAGAAUCGGCUUCUCGAUAAUGGCACUUUCUGUUUGGCGCUUGUUGAGGUGGUGGACAAUCAAUCGAAAUACAAAGAAAUGCCCUCGUGUUUCGUUGUGCAAGAUGCGGAUAUCAUUCAGAUUCGAGUUCUUUUCAUUCACGAUGCGGCCUCCAAUCCACUGCCCCAGCUGAACAUUUCCAAUUUUGCAGCAGGAAACCCGGACACGAUGCGAGUGAGACAAGCAAUGGACUUCUUCAUGAAUGGCGAUUAUCGAGAGAGGUUGGCGCAAGUGACCAAUCCGGAGAUCGAUCAUCGGCUUGAGCCUGGCACAAGCCAGCAA